CUUAAUGGGAUAGAUUUUGAAUCUAAGAAAAAUCCACACCCUUCAAUUGAAAAAGUCAAGCAGUUGGUCAAUAAGUCAAAUAAGCCUCCACGGUUUGUUUCUAUCGUCACUAUUCCAACCCUUUCCUUCUCAUUCACUCCCCCUUUUCUCCUUCUUUUUUUCCUUUUUCCUUUGCCUUUCUUUUUCCCCCACCAACACCCAAAUCAAAUCUUCCACUUCCAGGAAGAACCAACCCAAUUGAUAAUGGCGAUGAAAACCCACCUUUCAUUCUGAAAUCCCACAAACCCCUUUUGUUUUCUCACCAGCCAAACACUUUCUAGUUUCUACACCAUAAAUUUCCAACCCCAACUCCCAAUUUGAGAUUGAAGACGUUUUCAUUUUGGCCAAUGUCACAACAGAAGACCAUUUCCCACAUCGAUCACUUACCAUCAACGCCGGGGAAGUUCAAGACGGAGAAAUCGCAGCCGUACAUUCACCGGUUGAGGGUUCAUUCCGCCAUUUCCAGGCUGACUCUAUGGUCUUUCUUGUUCUUGAUUUUCAUUAUCUGUUUUUUCGUCCUCUCCCCUCCUUCAUCCUCCGCCGCACCUCGCCGAGCCCUUGGUGGGGACUCUUGGGGUGGCCAUAAUUGGGAGAAAAAGGUCAGCCGCUCUGCUCAAACUGACUCUGGCCUCACCGUCCUCGUCACCGGCGCCGCUGGCUUCGUCGGAACCCAUGUUUCCAUCGCCCUGAAACGACGAGGCGAUGGGGUUCUUGGACUCGAUAACUUCAAUGACUACUACGAUCCACAGCUUAAAAGAGCUCGGCGGAAGCUUCUUGAUCACGCUGCUGUGUUUGUUGUAGAAGGAGACAUUAACGAUUCAGAACUGCUUCGUAAGCUCUUCGAUGUUGUGGCUUUCACCCAUGUUAUGCACCUUGCGGCUCAGGCUGGAGUCAGGUACGCAAUGCAGAACCCAGGUUCUUAUGUGCACAGCAAUAUUGCUGGGUUUGUAAACCUUCUGGAAGCCUGUAAGUCAGCAAAGCCACAGCCCGCCAUUGUUUGGGCAUCUUCUAGCUCAGUCUAUGGAUUGAAUUCUAAGAUACCCUUUUCAGAAAAGGAUCGAACUGAUCAACCAGCUAGUCUUUAUGCUGCUACAAAGAAGGCCGGAGAGGAGAUAGCUCAUACUUACAAUCAUAUUUACGGGCUUUCAAUCACUGGUCUGAGAUUCUUUACUGUUUAUGGACCUUGGGGUCGCCCUGACAUGGCGUAUUUCUUCUUCACUAAAGAUAUUCUUAAACGAAGGCCAAUAACAAUCUAUGAAGCUCCCGAUCAUGGUACAGUUGCUAGAGAUUUUACUUACAUUGAUGAUAUAGUGAAAGGGUGUUUAGGGGCUCUGGAUACUGCUAAGAAGAGUACAGGGAGUGGUGGGAAGAAGAAGAAGCCUGCACAGUUGAGGAUUUUCAAUCUGGGAAACACAUCACCAGUACCAGUGAGUGAGCUUGUUUCCAUACUAGAGAAGCUGUUGAAAGUUAAGGCAAAGAAGAAACUUCUGCCAAUGCCCAGAAAUGGAGAUGUUAAGUUCACUCAUGCCAACAUAAGUUUGGCUCAUAAGGAGUUUGGUUACAGGCCGACUACCAAUCUCAGAACCGGACUGGAGAAGUUUGUGAAUUGGUACCAGGAUUAUUAUUCUGGUUCCAAGAACAGAAUUGCCCGGGCUUUCUCUAACAUUUAGAUUCUUCACAAUGUUGUUCGUGUCCACUGAUCAUCAAUCUUUGAUAGUUUGCUGCAUUUUUUUAGUCAUAUCGUGCUUUCAAAGAAGCAGCACCUCCUCCUGCAUUAGAUUUGGUUUUUGCUCUUCGUCAGCAGGACUAGAAGCCUCUUUUCAUAGCUGUCCCACAUGUUGCUUCAUUGGUUCUGUUCUUUUUCUGUAUUUUUCCUAAGGACUAUAUUCUGUUGAGGCUUACAAUUCAUGACUGAGAGAAAUGAAACAUGCUGGCCGGUUGGUGGACUUCA